CAAUUGUGAUUUUAGCUCACUACUCGUCUCGCUACUCCACUAUCCACAAUCCACUUGAUUACGUGUCUUGUGGAUUGCACCAGCAGGCGAAUCAGUACUUUAUUUACACUUAUUUUAUCUCUGGGAGUAAAACUUCAGUUCACAACCGACAACUGUGACAAUAAUACCUUUAUACUCCAAUAUUUUUCACUUUACUUUACAUUUACCAAAAUGUUUCAAGAAAUAAAAUCACCGAAAGGGAUGAACACGCUAACAAAACCACCACCAAACAUGAUGGACAUAGCAAUGCCACAUUUAAAUAAUAAUUACGCCCAUCAUGCAAGAACACCGAAUACAAAUUAUUCCGAAAGAUGGAUGCAAUAUCGUAAGCAUGAUGAGAACGCAUAUCGACUCGCAACCAUAAAGUUCGCACAAGAAUCUCAACAUGCGAAAUCAUUUGCACAACAUGAAGAAUUCCUCGUGCGCCAACAAUUGCGCGAUCGUAUUCAAACGAAACUCAAAGCGAAGAUUCAAGGCUAUCAAGACGCAUUAGAGCAGCGUCGCGAAAGGUUACGAAACAUAAUGGCGGAUGAAGAACAGACGUACGUCCGCGACACGAUCGACAAAGCUCAACGCGUCGACGAGAGUAAAUACGCUGACAUGAUGCAGCGUUCCGAAGCGUUGAAAGCAGCGAAGGAAGCCGAGCGACUCGAGAUCGUCAAACAGAAACGCAUCCAACAAUACAGUCAGCGAUGCGUCGAAUUGCGUCCGUUCCUUACACGUAAGUGGACUGAGGAGAGCAAACUUUGUCAACUGCAACAAAUGCGCGAGAACGAAGCGCGUCGACAGUCCGAAACGGAAAUCAACCGGAUGUGGGAUAAUCUGUUGAAGAAACAAGACGAGGCGUUUAUGGAAAGAGAAGUGCAGGAAGCUAUCAUCAAGUACAAUCGUUGUAAGAAGGACAUGGAUAUUUUAACGAUGCAAAUUCGUGCGAAGAAACACUGCAAUGAAAUGAACCGUGAACUGGAACGUGCCAAUUUCGAAGAGGCGCAGAGGAUGUUAGCCAUACAAAAUCAACAAGAACGAGAUGAAAUGCAGCGUAAAAUAGAUAAACGUAUUCAGGCUGCAGAAGAUCUCAAACGUCAAAUAAAUUUCCAAAAACAAUUUAUGGAUCAACGUAAAAAAGAAGAAAUUGCGCUGGAUAAUGCUUUCGCUAAACUAUCACUGCUGGAGCUUCAGCGUGAGAAAGACAAGAUUGUCGAUAAUAAAGGUCGCUUGCAGAAAGAAACAGAAGUCUAUAAGCACCAUCUUGAACAUUUGCGUCAACAGCGUAAGCAAGAAGAAGACGAAUUGAAUCAACUCAUCAACGAAUUUCAACGCGCCGCGCAAUCUAAACAAGACGAAACUAUAUGCAAAUAUAAACUGGGACGUAAGAAGUUAAUCGAGGAGGUAAUGCGUGAACGUGCGGAGCAAGUACGUGCAAAUCGCCAGAAAGCCGAAAAGGAAUUGGAAUUUAAAAAGGUCGAGAAUGAAAUGAUGAGAGACAUCUUUGAAACUAAUAAGAGGUUGCAUGAUGAAGCCGAAAAGAUUCGACAGAUGACUGUGAAGCAGUAUAGGAAUGACUUGAAUCAACAGAUUGAAUAUAAUUAUACGCUCAAGAAACGUGAAAUGGAAGAAGCAGAGCGACGGCUUCAACAGGGACUUGAAGAUGAAAGGAAACUGGAAGCUUUGGUGCAGGAAUUAAUUAAAGAAAAUAUUGCAACGCCGCUGGAGCAUCCAUUCCGUCAAGCUUUGACGGAAUAUGACUGCAAGUGUGAUGAUUCAGCUCAAAAUAAAAUUAAAACAAAUAAAAGUAACUUUUGAUAUUAAAACUCAUAUACACUUUGUGAAAUGAUUGAAUUUUGUGUGAAAAUAUAAAUUUUUGAUGGUUUUUGAUCAUUUACGGCUUAAUAAAAAUAUUUUGAAAAUUUAAA